GACUGAAACACGAUCACACAUCAACUUUUCACUGAUAAUCUCCAUGAAACAUGAAGUCUGAAUCUGAUGUGACAGCAGUGAACACGCGGCUCAGCGGACCGUGAACGCCUCGCGUUAAUACUACACUACCCACAGCCCCCCGCGUUGAGCCGUGUUGUAGGAAAUCCGCUUGCGGCGGAUUAUUGUAAUCCGACAGAGGGUCUGGACGACACAUCGGAUCACGACAGAGCAGCAGAGCCCAGCGGCCUGUAACAGAUGCAGCUCGUCCAAGAAUAAAGGGAUAAAGUUGAGAUAUGAUCUGACGCACUGCUCGCUGCUCCUGAAGGCAUCAUCGGUGGCGGCCGGGCCGUUUCCUGGACCAUCGAUUCAUCCGACACCCACUGACAGCGGCUCGGCAUCACUGCAGCGCAGAGCACGGCUCACAGGAGAAGCUUUAAUUCGUUAGUUAAAGACAUCUCCCCCUUCUCCCUUCCCCCGCCAGGUUUAACUCAGCACGGCUCGGCUCGGCUCGGCUCGGUCGCACAGUCUGCGGAGCGAAGCGCUGCUGCUGACACAUAACUAGCUAGCGCGGCUAGCUCACCCCAGCUAGCUAGCUAGCUAGCUAGGAAGGAAUUUAUCAAGUUUAGGCAGGAAUUUAGCGAAUUCUCCGACCCGCAGCCCGCCCGGAGGGAGGAUGUCGGCCAAAGACCAAAACAAACUGUCCACCACGGAGCGACCCAUCAAAGCGGUGCCAUAUCCUCCCGGUACUCGCCUGUCGGUCAAAGACCUGUAUGUGGACGGGCGGCCCAGCGUGGAGGUGCUGAAGGCCCAUCUGGUGAAGGAGGGUCGGCUGGAGGAGGAGACGGCUCUCCGGAUCAUCAACGAGGGAGCCGCCAUCCUCCGCCAGGAGAAAUGCAUGCUGGAAGUGGAAGCUCCCAUCACAGUGUGUGGAGACGUCCACGGACAGUUCUUCGACCUGAUGAAGCUGUUCGAGGUGGGCGGCUCCCCCAGCACCACCCGGUACCUGUUCCUGGGUGACUACGUGGACCGAGGUUACUUCAGCAUCGAGUGUGUUCUGUACCUGUGGGCUCUGAAGAUCAACCAUCCCAACACCCUCUUCCUCCUCAGAGGCAACCACGAGUGCCGGCACCUCACAGAGUACUUCACCUUCAAACAGGAGUGUAAAAUAAAGUACUCGGAGCGUGUAUAUGAUGCCUGUAUGGAUGCGUUCGACUGCCUGCCUCUGGCUGCUCUCCUCAACCAGCAGUUCCUCUGUGUGCACGGAGGCCUGAGCCCCGAGGUCACCUGCCUGGACGACAUACGGAAGCUGGACCGGUUUAAGGAGCCUCCAGCGUUCGGGCCGAUGUGUGACCUGCUGUGGUCGGACCCGGGGGAGGACUACGGUUCAGAAAAGACCCAGGAACACUUCUGCCACAACAGCGUGAGAGGCUGCUCGUAUUUCUACAGUUACCCGGCAGUUUGUGACUUCCUGAUGAACAAUAACCUGUUGUCUGUAAUACGAGCACAUGAAGCCCAGGAUGCAGGGUACCGAAUGUACAGGAAAAGUCAGACGACAGGUUUUCCCUCUUUAAUCACAAUCUUCUCUGCUCCCAACUACCUGGAUGUGUACAACAACAAAGCUGCGGUGCUGAAAUAUGAGAAUAAUGUGAUGAACAUCCGGCAGUUUAACUGCUCCCCUCACCCCUACUGGCUGCCCAACUUCAUGGACGUGUUCACCUGGUCUCUGCCCUUCGUCGGAGAGAAAGUGACGGAGAUGCUGGUGAACGUGUUGAACAUCUGCUCCGACGACGAGCUGAUGUCAGAGGGAGACGACACGUGUGAGGGUGGAGCUCCAGCUGUCAGAAAGGAGGUGAUCAGAAAUAAGAUCCGGGCGAUUGGAAAGAUGGCCCGAGUCUUCUCUGUGCUCAGAGAGGAGAAUGAGAGUGUGUUGCAGCUGAAGGGUCUGACCCCGACAGGAACGCUGCCUCUGGGAGUUUUGUCCGGAGGUCGGCCAUCUCUGGAAAGCGCCACCGUAGAGGCAGAAGAGGCACGAGCGAUUCAAGGCUUCAACCCUCAGCACAAGAUCCAGAGCUUCGAGGAGGCCCGAGGUCUGGACCGCAUCAACGAGAGGAUGCCGCCGCGCCGCGACAGCAAGCAGCACGAGGUCGUCCCGUCCCCCAACAACCUGCCCGCCAGCACCGGGCCGCCGGACAAGAACGGAACCAACGCACAGGCCUGAAUCCUCCCCCGCUGCCCCCCCAUCUCCCCUGCUUCUUCCUUUCCUUCCUUCCUUCCUUCCUUCCCUCCUUCCUCCUUCCCUUGCCCUCUUCUCUCCCUUCAGAGCAGGAGAAGAGGCGGUUCAGUCGGAGCGACUCUCACCACGCUUAAUUUAUUUUAUCAUCGAUUAAAUAUCAUAGUUUAAGACUGAACAGGAUGGAAUCAUUUUCUAACCGGGAGGACGACACCUUUCUGUCAGCGGGAGGAAGUGACGCUCAUUACGACGCCGUGUUCGUGCCCACACACACACACACACACACACACACACACACACACACACACACACACACACACACACACACACACACUGCAUAAAUCCAUCCUUUCUUAUGCCAAUGAUAGUGUGACUGAGCUCUGAGGAGCGAGUAUUGACAUUUAUAUGAUAUAAUUAUGUAUAUUUUAAUUGUUCCCUCUUUUCAAUGUGAUGUUUUUUUUUUUGUUUUUGUUUGUUUUUUUACAACACAUAGAUUUAGAGCGGGGGGGUGCAGAGAGAAAGAGGGAGAAUUAAAGGGUUAUUCCGCUCUAUUAUAACAGUCAGUCACUAUUAUUGACGGACAAAAUCUUAACUCGCGGCGUCGAAGCUCCGCGAGUCAACGUUUUCAUGUCGAGCAGCUCGGCUCCUGUUUUUGUGGCUUCAGACGUCGUUUCUGUCUCUUCUGAUGACAAACAGCCGACACAGCGUUAAAAUUAACACGAGCGGUCAGACAAUCAGAGCGCCGUCGAGGACACGCCUCCUGCAGCCGCGAGAGCUUUGCAUGCUGGGAGGAUUGUGAGCGAAAUCAGGACGAAGUGAGGAGGAGCGUCACGACUUGGACUCAGUGAGCUUUCAGAUUUAGUGAUUGAAUGACAAGAAGGAUCGAUGAUUCUGAGCGAGUUCAACGGGAGAAAACUAAACUGUGUUUCUGUCACUGAACGCUGACAGUUUGUAAGAACUCUGACCUGAAGAUCUGUUGAUCUCUGUGAGUCCAGCUGUGACCGUCUGACAGUCGCAGAGCCGUCGGUGCUGAAAGAAGCGUCUAACUGCUCUCAGAUCGAGUACGUCUUGAUAUUUAGACUGAAGCAGCUUCGUCACGAGCUGCAGGAUGAAACGAUGCGGACGAGCCGGUUCUGACCCGCCAGACUUCCUUAGUGACGUCACGUGUUCCCCAAAUAUCAACUCAGCCAGUCUGAAGUUUGUGUCGCUGACGGAAACAGAAACGAUGGUGAAGCUACAAAAAUAAUAAACCACGACUGAAACUGACAAAAUACAAAAGAAACGAGAAAAAAGGUUCAAUAAGCAAAUACGUCGUUUAAUGCACCAAAAAUAAAUAAUCAUUUAGUUUAUUUGAAACGCAAAUGUGCAUUUAAACAAAAAACAGGUGCUUCAGGAUCAUACGAACAGAAACUCACAUUUGCCUUUGUGUUGCUUCAGUCGUCCAUAUAGAGAUAAACGUCUUUAUUCAUGAAUACAUAAAAAAAUAUAACAACAUUUUGAAAUAAAUAUAACGAAUUGUUAGAGAAGUUAAAACAGAAAGAUGAACUUGGGUCAUGUCCUGUAAGUUAAUGAACGCCUGCCUUUGCUUUGAUGAUUCUUGGUGCAUUAAUGUUACUUAUUGAUCCUUCUGAGUUUCUGUCGUCAGCUUCAGUCUGAACCUCCUGACAGCAGCAGGAGGAGACUGAGGUGUGUUGGGUGUCGGCGCCGGUGCGUCUCACCCGGGUGGGUUUGAUUUGACUGUUUUGUUGUUCAUUUCUCGGGAGGUGGGCGGGUGAAGGACGAGGCCUCAUUCUGACUUCUGUUCGGCUCUCAGAACAUAUCUCACAGAAUGUACAGAAACGGUUUAAAGAUAAAAAAAUCAAGACUUUUUUCUUUUACAGCUAAAUUUGAAAAAAAAAGAAGAGAGAACUUUUUUGUCAGUACAUGUAUUGCGAGGCCUCUCAUUUAUGUAGAUGUUUCACUCCAUUCAAAUAAAAAAGAGAAAAGUU